AGAUUUCUUUCUUGCAGACCAAAUUAUACUCUACCAGACACCAAGGCGAUCGAGCAGGGGUCGGAGGAGAUUUGGGGGUCGGCGGCGACGCAGGCGGGAGCGGUCGGUCGUGCCGUUGCGGUCCUCGGGGAGGAGAAGCCUCCGGACGGAGAGGGGUCGAGAUGGUGCCGGGGAGGGGAUGGAGCCGGACGGCCGGGAACGCGCGGUCAUUCGUGGGGAACGCGCUCGGCGGCGUCCGCGGCUGGAGCAACCUCGCCUCCUGGGCCGUCGCCGGGACGCUCGCCUACUAUCUCUGGGUCAGGCCCGCGCGGCAGCUCCAGAAGGAGCAGCAGGAGAGAGCUGCUUUGGCUUCUGCCUCGGACCCUUACCGUUAUGUUGAGAAACGGAAGCCAAUUCCUGACCCCCAGGACACCGGCCUAAUUUAUGGAAAGAAGAAGGAUGAUCCUACAAAAUCUGACGACUAGUUCAUCUAGGAACAUCUUGUACCAAAAUAUGCCAUCGAAAUUACUUGAAGGGUUUCUGCAGGUCUGGUGGCUACAUGACAAUAUGUUUCAUAAAUUAUCGCCACAACAUGCUUGCAAGCUCAGAGAUGUCUCUUGUCGAGUUUCUGCAUUUUGAUUUUUUUUUCCUUAAACUUACUAGUCUUCGAGAAGCAACUGUUCACUUCUGUGUAUUGUGCAUUUACGGAUUGAUGUCAUUUUUGGUAGACAGGAGAAAUCAGAAACUGGAGUUGUAAUUCUGUUAAUGCCUCCAGAUCAGGAAACGUUGCUGCUGCUAUGUCUUUGUUUAGCUAGAACUUGUCAUGUUUAUGUAUGGUCCGGCAUACUACCAUUGGUGGUACUCCAUAUAUUGUAUACUGGCUAGUCUUUUCAACAUCCUAAAGAAUAAUAUGACCGUAGAAUUAUGAGAGUAGAUUUUGUA